AGCGCAAAAAACGCCGGAAGUAUGACCUUGUUCACGAUAAAACACAAAGACAAUCAACUGGUCCAGAACCACCAGCAUGUAAAUCGUCAUUUAUCAUUCCCAACGAAAUCGAAUGCUAACGCAGAGUUUGGCUAAUUUUCUUUACGUGAUGAAUAUGGGCAAAAUGCUACUAGCAACCUUGCUCUGCCUCCUACCCUCCAUACAGGCAGACACCGUCAUCACCAUAAAAAACAACCCAAUCCAGCCCCAAAACACCCGCUCCCCCCAGUACCAGAUGGUACACAUGAAGGGCGAACUCAACAAAGACACCUUCUCCCUCUUCAAGAACCUCAACGGCCUGGAAAUCGAGAGAUGCGCCAUCCACGACCUGUACCCCGACGCCUUCAAACACACCCCUCUGGAAAUCCUCGACGUCCACGACAACAUCGAAUUCCCCACCAUCACGUCCGGCACUUUCCAGCACCUGAAAAAACUGAAAGUCUUCAGAUUCACCUUCAACCCUUACACCGACAUAGAGGAGGGAGCUUUCGUCCACCUGGAAAACCUGGACGUUCUGGUCAUCAGCCAUCAGGAUUUGAAGAACGUCACCAAGACCUUCUUGGCGGGGUUGGAGAGGUUGAGGGAGUUGUCUCUGACCUUCAACGGUAUCCAGUCUGUGGAUCGAGAUGCCUUCGAACACAUGAAGGACCUCACAGCCGUUUACCUGGGACACAACUCCAUCAAAACCAUAGCGCCUGGAACGUUCAAGAACCAAAGGAAACUGGAGGAUCUUCAGCUACAAGACAAUCGUUUGGGUAACGAAGACAAUUAUUAUUACGUCGACUGGAGAGGAUUCGACAGGAUCCCAACCCUUCGUUCUUUGAAUAUUGCAGGAAACCACUUCAGGUACAUAAACGUCCAAGAUUUGAUGACAGCAUUUCCAACUCUGGAAUCCGUUAAUUUCCUCCCGAACAACCUGACUUGCUCCAGCGAGUUGUACAUAACUAAAACCUUGAGACAUUACAAAAUACAGAUAGAAUAUUACGGUAAUGAUCAUUCCAACUGCAAGAACUUCGAUUCAGUUCGUAUCUUGGCAGAAGUUUUAGAUUACUAAUCGAAAUACUUAAUCUUCACUAAAAACACUAAUAAAAUGUAUUAAUCAAG